AUGGACAUCUCCAUACUACCUCCCGAAAUCAUCUGUUGCGUACUCGAACAACUUCCCUUGGCUGACCUCGUCCGCGCUGAGCGCACCUGCCGAAUGAUCCAAGCCUUUUGUCACAGCGAAAUCCAACGACGCAUUACCUCUGGUCCAUUAAAAGACGAUUGGGGCGUCCUAGUCCAUCUCGAUCAAGCAACUGCCACUGCAACACAUUUUGACGCUGUCACAAAAAAAGUCACCUUCACUAUUUCGAUGCCACAACCUGUCCAAAUCAAAACCAUGUUCGACCAUCGACGUCAAAUUCAGUGCUCACUGCUCCGACGAAACCGUUAUUGCGAAGAUUUUGUAUUCACCGUCGAGAAGGGCAUGACUGAAGGCUCUACAGUCAACGUUACUGCUGAGGGCGCAGCACUCUGCGAAAUCGACGCUGCUUUAACACGACUCGUUAAAGCACCCUCACCUCCAAACAAAAAGAUCAUUGCACCAUCACCCAAUCUGUACAGCUUACAAUUAACACAACUCCAGAUACCGCUAUCGGCCAUCGCCGCUCAGUAG